AUGGCUCCGCCAGCGGAAAUCGUCGACGGUCGCAAGACCUUUAUUCCUCUUGGUGAAAAACAACCCCGAAGUGUUAGCCCAGCUCUGUCAAAAUCUAGGGUUGCCCCAGGACUCACCUUUCACGAUGUCAUCUCUACAUCGCCGGAUCUGCUCUCUUGGAUUCCUCGGCCUAUCCAUGCACUCAUUCUCCUAGCCGAUGCACCGAUCUUCCAUGCUGUGCGGUCGCCUGGGAAGCCCACGAUUCCAGAAUACAAAGGCUCUGGCCCCGCUGAACCCGUGGUGUGGAUGAGGCAAACCAUCGGGCAUGCAUGUGGUCUCAUGGCACUACUCCACUGCCUCUUCAAUCUAGAUGACAGGCAGUACGUAACCCGUGGAUCAGAGCUGGACCAGCUUUUGGAGACAGCUAUUGGCUUGGCGCCUUCUGAGAGGGCCGAUUUAUUAUACCAGUCACAGUUCCUCGAGAAGGCGCAUAUGGAAGCAGCAUCCCAAGGAUCUUCUGCACCUCCAUCGCCCCAGGAUGAGAACCAUCAUCAUUUCGUUGGAUUUGUCCAAAAAGGCAAAGAUGUCUGGGAGCUGAAUGGGGGUCUGAAUGGCCCAUUACAUCGAGGUGAACUGAAUCACGGUGAUCUAUUGAGUGAGAGAGGUCUAGCCUUGACAGUUCAGGAUUUCCUCGAUGCAGCAGCCCAAGGAGGACAUGGAGAGAUGAGCAUUGUGGCAAUCGCAGGGACGGAUGCACAGCCCAUUUGA